AUGGAUAAUUGGACCAUGAAGGAUUUAUGCAAUGAUUCAAGACGUUUUGGAGGCGCUAUGAUUCUAUUGUCUGGUGAUUUCCGUCAAAUGUUAGCUGUCAUUUCAAAAUCAACUGCUGCUGAUGCAGUUAACGCUUUCUUAAAGUCAUCGUCUUUGUGGCGCUUUGUGAAGGAACCUAAAUUGAAUACGAAUAUGCGAGUUUCAUUACAAAACGAUCUCACAACUGAUGUGUUUUCCAAACAACUGAUAGCCAUCGGUAAUGGUGAAGUUCCGGUCGAUGUCACAACCGAUGAACUAAUUCGUACAGCGUUUGCGAAUAUUGUUGUUAAUUGUUUGAAUCACGAUUGCUUAAGUGAACGCGCAAUAUUGGCAACGAAGAACAAGGAUGUGGAUGAGAUUAAUUUUAAAAUUCAAAAUCAAAUUGGUGAUCUAUUGCAUUCAUUCAAACCUGUCGAUUAUGUGGUAAAUGAAGAUGAAGCUACGAAUUACUCCACUGAAUUUUUGAAUUCGUUGGAUUUGCCUGGUGUUCCAACGCGUUUGAUCGUGAAGCAAAUCAUGAACAAUAUCAUUGACGCAACAAUUCUCAAAGGCAUCGCGGGUGUAAACUGA